AGGACAGUUUGUUGGGGGCAGCUUGGACUUGGAUGAACUGGACACGGAUCUUGACAUUGAUGAUUUGGAGCUGAAUUGAGAGAGCACAACAGAGCGAGGUUUAUUGAACAUGGGAGGCAAGGGGAGGGGCGGUAGAGCUCGUACUCAGAGAAAGCAUUUUCGAGAGAGCAGAGAGAACGUUUGGAAGCGUCCAAAACCCGAUCCUAACUCUGCCAAUGACAACAAGGAUGGCAAUGGCAAUCACUGGGAGCCUUUCGAAUCUCAAAGUCCUGCGUUCAAUGAGUACUACAAGGAGCAAGGCAUAGUUACUGCGGAAGAAUGGGAUACGUUUAUUGAGGUUCUUCGUAAGCCAUUGCCCGCUGCUUUUAGGAUCAAUUCUAGUGGACAGUUCUGUGGGGAAAUACGAGCCCAGUUACAAAACGACUUCUCGAGAUCUCUUCAAGCUGAGGUUACUGAUGGUGAUGAAGCCGAGGCUAUUAGACCAUUGCCUUGGUACCCUGACAAUCUUGCGUGGCAUUCAAAUUUUUCAAGAAUGCAACUACGGAAGAAUCAAGCUCUCGAGAGUUUUCAUGAAUUCUUGAAGCUGGAAAAUGAAAUUGGGAACAUUACAAGGCAGGAGGCUGUCAGCAUGGUACCUCCUCUUUUUCUGGAUGUACAUCCAAAUCACUAUGUACUUGACAUGUGUGCUGCUCCAGGCUCCAAAACAUUUCAAUUACUUGAGAUAAUACACCAAUCCAGCAAACCUGGAGAUCUACCUGACGGAUUGGUAGUGGCAAAUGAUUUAGAUGUUCAAAGAUGUAACCUUCUCAUCCACCAAACUAAAAGAAUGUGCACUGCCAACCUCAUUGUUACAAAUCAUGAAGCACAACAUUUUCCUGGAUGUCGAGCAAAUACCAAUUUCUUCAGUGCAUCUACAGCAGGGAAUGAACUAAAACCUCGUAGCACUCAACUUACAUUUGAUCGUGUUUUAUGUGAUGUUCCCUGUAGCGGAGAUGGUACACUUCGCAAGGCUCCAGAUAUAUGGAGGAAAUGGAAUUCUGGGAUGGGUAAUGGUUUACAUGGCUUGCAAGUGCAGAUAGGCAUGCGAGGUGCCUCUUUACUUAAAGUUGGUGGAAGAAUGGUUUACUCAACUUGCUCAAUGAAUCCUGUUGAAAACGAGGCUGUUGUUGCAGAGCUUUUGCGAAAAUCUGGAGGCUCUCUUGAACUUGUUGAUGUCUCAAAUGAACUUCCACAACUUGUUCGUCGGCCUGGUCUUAAGAAAUGGAAGGUGUGUGAUAAGGGUGUAUGGUUUGCGUCCUACGAACAAGUUACCGAAUCUUGCCAGAGUGUGGCAAUACCUGGCAUGUUUCCUUCUGGCAGAGGCCAUAAAAGCGAUACUCAUAACUCACAAUUGAGGGGAAAUCAUCCUGACGGUGGAAGUUCUGUUGAUGUAUCUGAGCCAACAAUGGAUCCUGUACAUGUGUUCGAUGAGGAGGUUUGUGAAUUUCCAAUCGAGCGUUGCAUGAGGAUAGUGCCGCAUGAUCAAAAUACUGGAGCCUUCUUUGUUGCAGUAUUACGCAAAGUUGCCCCUUUGCUAGCUGCUACUGAAAAAACAAGUGAUCAGAAUACGAAGUCUGCAAAUGACCAGUCUCGUGGCAAGCUUCAACAGACUAUUACAGAUGCAGAUAGUGUGGACCUUAAUGCAACAGAUGGGAUGGGCGAAAGCUCCUCAGAAGUUGAGAUUGAUCCCAAUAAUCAAAGGGACUCCAAUUCUGCAAACAAUAAUCCACCUUGCAAACUUCCAGUUCAGGAUAAUAAAGACGCAGAUGGUUUGGACAGUACAGAUGGGAUGGAUAAGCCGUUCUCAGAAGCUGACUUGGAGGUAGUUGAUAAUGAAACGACUGAAAAUAAAUUGGAAAUUACUGCUAUAAAAAAUAACUCAGAGGAAUCUAAGCAGCCUGGUGAUGGUGAAAUGGAUCCUAAGAAGUGCAAUGGGAAGAGAAAGUUGCAGAUUCAGGGCAAGUGGAGGGGUGUUGACCCUGUUGUAUUAUUCAAAGAUGAAACCGUCAUUGAUUGCAUAAAGACAUUUUAUGGUAUUAAUGAGUCUUUCCCAUUGAUUGGCCACCUUGUUACUCGAAAUAGUGACACUAACCAUGUGAAAAGAAUCUAUUACAUUUCUAACUCUGUCAAGGACGUUCUUGAGCUGAAUUUUUCAGCCGGGCAGCAACUUAAGAUAACAUCCAUUGGUCUGAAGAUGUUUGAGAGGCAAUCAUCAAGAGAAGGUAGCUCUGCACCCUGUGCAUUCCGUAUAUCGUCAGAGGGAUUGCCUGUGUUACUUCCGUACAUCACCAAGCAAAUCCUAACUAUGUCUCCAGUGGAUUUCAAGCAUCUAUUACAAUAUAAAAGUAUCAAAUAUGCAGAUUUUGUGGAUGCUGCUUUUGGUGAAAAGGCAUCAAACUUAAUGCUAGGUUGCUGUGUGAUAGUUCUGGGUACAGGUAACACCUCUUCCGACGUUAUCAAAGUUGACGAGUCAACUAUAGCCAUUGGGUGCUGGAAAGGGAGGGCCAGUCUGAGUGUUAUGGUCACGGCCACUGAUUGCCAAGAACUACUUGGAAGGCUUUCCAAUCGGCUUGGAAAUGAUUUGUAGUGCAGGAAAGUCAAGUUAUCUGAUGUUGAAGCUAAAUCUAAAUCAUGGUAGACGAUAGUAACAUGGUAUUAGCUUAACAACUUCAAUAGAACUGUACAAUCUAGAGAAGUUAAGCCUUACCCUUGCUUCCAGUCUAUCCAAUAUUUAUAGUGACAGCAUGUUUUGAUUUCUUCAAACUAAUCUUAUAUUUUUGAGGAUUGAUAUCAAAGGA